AUAUGCCUCAAGACGAUGAACGUCUGUUCUGCAGUCUCAGCGAGCAACUUGCGUGUCCGGCCUACACCGUUCCCUUGUGAGCUUUGAGGAGCAGCUGUUGCUGCUCCUUAGCAUGGCCCUGCGAUGGGACUCGCCUGGAGACGAUAUCCAUCAAUAUCAUAAGGAGUGCAUCGCCCUGUCAAAGAUAAUGGACUUCUCUGUGGAUGCGCAGAGGUUUGCAAAGAGCUACUUCCACAACAAGCCAGCACUGUUCGAGAAAAGCCAAAGUAAUUCCAGCAGUGUCCCCAGCAAAAGGGAAAGAACGCAAAGGCUAGCCAAAAGUUAGAUGAAAGCUCUUGAAAUGUUGCUACCAGUUGCUGCGAAGUGACACGUCCUACUUUCGUGAGUUGUGGGGCUGGUCCGGCACCUACUCUCACCUCGAGACCCCCUGCCCGAUGAUACAACUCUAUUGCAACUACAUCAUGGCCAUGCUCACGAAUAUGAGCCCAACACAGCUGAAUGCCCAAAAUGCCAAGAUAUCCACAGAAGCACAGCUCCGAUUUGAACGCGAGAAGGAACAGUCAUGGGUCGUAGCCAGGCAGGCCGAGGGCUGCUGCUAUUCUCCCGAAGACGAAACGCCUGAACAGAUUCUGAGCCUGAGCCCCAACCAGAGUGUGACCAACAUUGAGGGCGUACUCUUGCCGCCAUUCAACAAGAAGAAUCAGGAAUUCUGUGCCAGCACUGCCGGCUGUUGCGAUCGCAUUGUAAAAGUGGAUUCGACGGUUGUAAAUCUGCGGAGCAUUGCCCCCGGCCUCGCAGCGGCCAAGCCGAUUUGCCUCUCGCCUUUCGUUGGGCUUCCUGGUGUCCUCACGCAGCUGUCAUGCAUGGCUACUGGCUGUUGCUGGAGGAUCUGGAUGCCGCCACCCAAGACACCUACACAAUUCUGAGCAGUUUGCUAGAGAGGCAGUGCCUGAACGUUUCCGGCUUUCGCGACUCUGUGAAGAUUGGGCCGGGCUUCCAAUUGCUGGUGACAGUGCGGACCAACAAAUCGGUCAGCAAUUCGGGACAGAUAUCGCUCUAUUCGCUGCUGGAUAAAUAUCUGAAUACGAUCAACGUUCUGCCGCUCUCUCGCAACGAGCUGUGCAAGGUGACAAUCUGCGUCAGCGGGAAUCGAACGACAAGGCGGACAACACGGAGAAGUACGUGGUGCUGCCCUUUGAGCAGGUCACACUCUCAUCCAGUCCCAACUCGGGCCGCCUGGUCUCGAUUCGGGAUCUGAUCAAGCUGUGCCAGCGUUCG